AUGGAGAAUUCAUUAGAAGCAUAUCAGCCGCUUCCAGAAUUUAUAAAAAGAGGGACGAUCCGUAAAGUCUAUUCAUUUGUCCCACUAGACCCUGAUGAAGAAGAAGCUCUUUCCAAGUUCCGUGCAUUCGCUACCAAAAAAAGAAUUCAAAUUCCUCCAGGGUAACUCUUAUUUAGUGUUGAUGAUCAGCAUAGAAUGGCAUUAAAAUUCAUGGAUUCCGCAAAGAGAAAACCCAAAAAAGCCUUCAAAAUUAUGGAAAAAUAUCUCAGCUGGCUUAAUACGGAGCUGCCAGUGCCAAUAAAUGAAGUCUCCUCAAUGAUUGUAAAGAUCAUAUAGGAUCAAGGAUUUAUGUAUUUACUGGGAAGAGACAGAAAAUUCCACCCUAUUAUGAUUAUUAGUGUUAGGAAGAUGCUUGACUGCAAUAUAGACUUAAAUUCAUCCUUAAGGCUCAAUUAUUUUUUACUGACUUGGGCUCUUGAACAUAUGAUGGUCCCUGGGAAGGUAGAAACUUGGACCAUCAUUAUGGAUUUAGCUGACGUUUCAGCUACACAGCUUCCUAUUAUGCUAUUAAAAAACAUGCUGAAAAAGUUAUCAAUAAACUUUAUGUGCAGAUUGGAAAAAUCUUUUAUAAUUAAUCUGCCAUCCGCAUUAAAUACAGUUUAUAAGAUGCUGAAACCUUUUAUUGAUGAGGACACAAAAAAGAAAAUUGUUAUACAAAAGGAUGGGUGGGAGCCGCUACUUAGAGAGGAUAUUAGUGAAGAAGUAUUAGAAGAGAAAUAUGGAGGUGCAAGACCAAACAUAACUUCUGGGUUUUUCCCUCCAGCGUUUUAUUAG